AUGUGCUCUGGCGCUGGAACUGCAGAGAGCUCAAGAGCGGUCAUCGAGAGCAUAGUGCAAAAGUAUCCACUGCCUCACAGUGAUCUCGAGAUGAAUAUCCAAACUGUUGCGCUCUGGGAGUAUGCUGCCAACUGUAACCAGCUCUUGUUUGACAACCAUCGCUGGUGCACAGAUACAAUUGGCAGAGACCAUCCAAUGCCUCACUUCUUUGGGGAUAUCUUGGGGUUGAACCCUGGUGGAACCUUCAACGCAGCCGACAGCUACAAGAUCAAGAAACAGAGAAUCAAAGAGUCAGAGCUCAUGGAAUAUCAGCUUUGCAACACGCACAGCUGGUCUGAUUCAGAAUCAGAAUACUGCUGUGUACCGGGUGCUCAUUUUGGAUGCAGUGGAUUGCCGUGCACCGAUAUGUCUCGAGCAGGCAAACGCAAGAAGCGAUCUGGUCCGACCAAUUCCAUAUAUAUGACCCACGGCAAGUACACUGAGGCCAAGAAGGAAUUGGACAUGCUCAUGGUGGAAGAGACUCAUCCGUCCUACGACCUAUACCAGCUGUUUUUUACUACUCAAGACACAGGUCAUGGAGGUGUGGCCAGGAAUCGCACCUAUGUUAUCGCAUCUCACCGUGAGCUUACCUCCUGCAUCUAUGACCCAGACAUCAUGAAGGACAAGAUUGCCAAAAGAGUCAGUGGUCAGGUCCGUACAGUGCCCUCUGACUACUUUUUGGCUCAACAGGUUGAAGUCGAACUGGAAGCACGGGCUCUUGCUGAAAAGCGAAGUGUUCAGUACAGACCUUAUGCAGCAGAUCUGUCCUACCUACUAACCAAAAGGGAAAAGCAGGCAUUGGAGACCUACAAACGCUUGUAUGAGGAAGAGUACGCUGGUUGUGCCACUGACAAUCCUGACUUGGUGGUGUUCUUGGGCGACAACCCAAAUUGUUGGAGAACUUGGUCAGCAAAAUCCAAAAGUAUCCCAACGUUUCGCAGGAACUCGAAGACUGGACUGAUGUGGUGUCCUUACCUACGACGUUUCAUGGUUGCUCGAGAGAAACUAGCAGCAUUGGGCUGGCCUGUCUCGGAGCUGAUAGCAGCCAACAUGCAGUGCAAGCCAGUUCCAGCUCAGGAUAUUCUGCGUGCAGCAGACCUGGCUGGGAACGCAAUGCACUUCACUACAUGGGGCGCAGAUGAAGAGAUCGAGGAAAGCAGUGACGAAGAGGAGGAAGGGUCUGAUGAUGAGUCUAGUGGGUCCUCUAGUGAUGAAAAGAAGGAUGAAAAGAAGGAUGCCGGGAAGGACGCAAAGGGUAAGAAGCCCAAGGGUGAAAUUCGGUCUGAUCUCUUGAAGGAGUACGAGAAUUUGGGUAGGCCUGGUGCUGGCAUGACCGUGCUUGACAUGAUUCGCAAAGUUGAAGCUGAGAUGAGCAGGCACCUGGAGUUUCAGAUUGAAAAGGGACAAUCUGGCCAGAUGAUCCUGACUUGUGGAAAGAGCAAGGUGACUUUGCCCAAGAAUUCAUGGAAGAACCAGAUCUACAAGGAACAGUCCGGCAUUCCGUUCAUUUCAGAUGGAAAGAAGUCUGUGAGGUGCAUUGAUUUCUUUCAGGAUGACACAGACGAGAAGGAGACCCCCGACAAACCGACUGCGAAGAAGCCGAAGACAGAAUUUGCACCGCUUAAUGUUCCUUUGCCUGGAACCCCUGCAUCAUCAGCGCAGCCUGGAACGCCAUUGACAGUGACAGGGACACCCAAAGGCGGUGGCAGUGAGCCUGAGCUGACGCCCGAUGGUGCUGACAAGACUAAGACGACAGGAGAGAAGAAGCCUGUGUGCGCUUGCAAUUACUUUCGUGAGGGCAUGGUGGAUGGCUACACUGUGUUCACCUCUGUUCAAGACUCAAAGACAUGGGUUCUAUUUCACGGAGGGGAAGAGAUACAGGUGUCUGAGAUUGACGGAAGCAGUGACUGGAAGCUUGUGGCCAACACCAAAAGUGGAAAGCACGAAGGUGAAGUCUUCCUACACUCACCCUCUGGCAGUGGAAAGCCGCAGUGGGUUACUCGCCUGAAGUUUGACACCAUGAGCAAGGAGCUGUUCAACAAGAUUCAAGCAUUGGUGAAGCAGUCCAAGAAGGAUGUGGCUGAUGCAAAGAAGAAGGAGGAGGAAGACGAGGCAAAGAAGAAGAAGGAUGAAGACGAGGCAAAGAAGAAGAAGGAUGAAGAAGACGCGGCAAAGAAGAAGGAUGAAGAAGACGCAGCAAAGAAGAAGAAGGAUGAAGAAGAGGCAAAAGCGAAGGCAGCUGAAGCCCAGGAUCAGGCUGCAAAGGAGAAGGCUGCAGAAGAAAAGAAACGUAAACAUGAUGAGGCAGUGGCAGCAGAAUUAGAGAGGCAGAAGAAGCAAAAGGAAGACUCAGAUGCGAAGGCCGCUGAAGAGGAGACAAAGCGUAAAGAAGCAGAAAAGCAGAGAGAAGAAGAGGAAGAAAAACGCAAGCUCAAAAUGCAAGAACUUGAAAACAAGAUCAAACAGAUGCAGGAGCUCGAACAGAAGCAAAAGGAAGAUGCAGCAGAGUGGCAGAAGAAAAUGCAACAGGAAUUGCGAGAGCAAAUCCAAAGGGAGAUGGAAGAGAAAAAACAGACUCAGGACACAUCUUCGCCAAAGCCUGAACCAACAGAGGCUGAAGUGAAGUUGCCAAGUGCAUCAGCGGCAGUGAAACCAGCAGAUGAUGAGGUGGUAGAAGUUGAAGAAGAUGAAAAAAAGGCUGCUGCUGCAAAAGAGGAUGACAAGAAAAAGAAAGCUGAGGAGGCAGCCAAGAUCAAAGCCAACCGGGAAGACGCAAAGGAAAAAAGAGCAGCCAAGAAGAAGGUUGUCCCACCAUGA